GGAUAAGCAGUAAGUGUGCGUUCACCGUGACUAUUACGAGCCCUUUAUUUAUAAAGUCGAGUAUUUAUUUAUGAAUAAUAAAUAUUAAUAAUAACUAACAAUGUCUUUCGCGCUGGGAAUGUGCGAAACUCCAGGGUGUAAGUCGGUGGCUAGUCUUCAGUGUCCAACUUGCCUGAAAAUUGGCAUCCAGGGAUCAUACUUUUGUAGUCAGGAUUGCUUCAAAGGAAGUUGGAAAAUUCAUAAAGUCAUUCAUGAAAUUGCCAAAGGUGAUACUAAAAAAUCAUCAUCCGAUGAGUACAAUCCAUGGCCAUCAUACCAUUUCACGGGUAAAUUGCGUCCAUACCCGACACAUCCAAAGCGACAAGUGCCAGAAACUCCCAAAAUAACGCGACCAGAUUAUGCGGACCACCCAAAAGGUAUUCCGAUAAGUGAGCAAGCUGUCAGGGGAUCAUCUCAAAUAAAAAUCCUAGAUGAUGAGGAGAUCGAGGGGAUGCGAGUCGCCUGCAAACUGGGUCGCGAGGUCCUCGACGAAGCUGCCAAAGUCUGCGAUGUCGGAAUUACAACCGCGGAAAUAGACCGGGUUGUCUAUGAAGCUUGUAUCGAAAGAGACUGCUACCCUUCACCGCUCAACUAUCAUCAAUUUCCAGCUAGUUGUUGUACAUCUGUUAACGAGGUGAUUUGUCAUGGAAUUCCCGACACUAGGCCGCUACAGGAUGGCGACAUUUGUAAUGUCGAUGUCACGGUUUAUCACAACGGCUUUCACGGAGAUCUCAACGAGACCUUUUUAGUCGGUAAUGUUAAGCCCGAAAUUAAAAAACUGGUUGAAGUAACUUACGAGUGCUUGGCAAAAGCUAUUGAGAUUGUUAAGCCGGGGGAGAAAUACAAAGAAAUUGGUAACAUUAUCCAAAAACACGCACAGGCUCAUGGUUUCAGUGUCGUGCGUAGUUAUUGUGGUCAUGGAAUACAUCGAUUGUUCCAUACUGCUCCCAGUGUUCCUCAUUAUGCUAAAAAUAAAGCAGUGGGUGUCAUGAAAGCAGGUCAUUGUUUCACGAUCGAGCCGAUGAUAUCCCAGGGCACUUGGCGUGAUGAAAUAUGGCCUGACCAUUGGACCGCCGUGACGACCGAUGGACAGUGGUCAGCCCAGUUUGAGCAGACUCUUCUUGUCACCGAGUCUGGCUGUGACAUUUUAACGAAGCGUCGUACAAACGAUGGCCGUCCGUGGUUCAUGGAUCAAUUGAAGAAAUAGGCAAGGCAGUCUUGAAGUUAAUCACCCCGACCAUGUGUUGUUUAUUGAUUCAAAAAAAUAUUUAAAAUUACUUUCUGCCUGGCAUUUUUCAUAAAAAUUAUAAUAAUUUCCCACAAUAACGAUUUGUGCCUUCCCAAAUAAUUUUUUUUUACCACGUUAAAGAUUUUUUUCAAUGUUUAUAAUCGACUAUAAAUGCAAUUAUAAAUAAAUAUUAACAAUUUAAUUAAUAAA